CCUCUCCGUCGCAACCGUAACCUCGUCUCCUCCUCUUCCACCUGCUCCUCAUCGCAGAGCAGAGACCACACACUCUUUGCAACCUCAUCCGGUACGCCCGCUCACACAAUGACCUCCCGCCGUCGCGCAACAAAGAAGGGUGUCUCCUUCUGCCUCAUGGUCGUUGGAGCCUCCGGCGUUGGAAAGACGACUUUCAUCAACACAUUGACCGAGAACGAGACGAUUGGCCACCGCAUCCUCGACUCGGAGACUGCUCACAUCGAAGAGGGCAUUCGCAUCAAACCUGUCAACGUUGAGCUUGACGAGGAUGGCGUACGACUUGGCCUGACCAUUGUCGAUACUCCUGGAUUCGCCGAGAACAUUGACAACGAGUACAGCUUCGCCGAGAUCGUGGGCUUCCUCGAACGCCAAUACGACGACAUCUUGGCCGAGGAGUCUCGAAUCAAGCGUAACCCGCGCUUCAGGGACAACCGUGUCCACGCCCUCCUCUACUUCAUCACUCCUACCGGCCACUCACUUCGUGAGAUGGACAUUGAGCUCAUGCGCCGUCUCUCGCCUCGAGUCAACGUUAUUCCCGUCAUUGGCAAGUCGGACACGAUGACCAAGUCGGAGCUGGCCGUAUUUAAGAAGCGGGUCAUGGAGGACAUCGAGCACUACGGCAUCCCGGUGUACAACUUCCCUUACGAUGUUGAGGAGGAUGAUGAGGAGACGAUCCAAGACAAUUCGGAGCUCAGGGCUCUGAUGCCCUUCGCGAUUGUGGGCUCGGAGGAAGAGGUUGUGAUCAAUGGCGAGCCUGUUCGAGCGAGGCAGUACCCGUGGGGCCUUGUCGAGGUCGACAACCCCAAGCACUCGGACUUCUCGCGCCUCAGGUCCGCCCUUCUCAGCACUCACCUGACCGACCUCAAGGAAAUCACCCACGACUUCCUUUACGAGAAUUACCGUACUGAGAAGCUCUCUCGCACCGUCCACUCAGACUAUGCCGACGCGCCCAUCCCUGGUGAGGAGCUCGCAAACCAAUCGGUCAAGCUCAAGGAGGACCAGCUUCGUCGCGAGGAGGAGAAGCUGCGCGAGAUUGAGCUCAAGGUGCAGAGGGAGAUCCAGGAGAAGCGUCAGGAGCUGCUGGCAAAGGAGGAGAGUCUGCGUAACUUGGAGAGCAGGCUGGCACAACAGGGUCAGGAGGCGUAGGCGUGCGAUGCAGCGCCUUGAGAGCUGUCAGCUUGACAACAUUGACGUUACGAUACCUCACUCGCCCCUUUUCCCUCCGUCUCCAUUUGGAGGCAGGCGGCUACUGCAAGACGAUGCUAGCCUGCUUGCACUCACGCACGCACGCACGCACGUACGUUCGCCU